AUGGCCGAGUUUACAGAAGACGAGCCUUCACAAAAUGCGCCAAACGUGGAGCAGACCGACCCAUCGCUUGAUCACGACAACAUGGCUACGAGCUGCCUGCGCGUAAUGUCCGAGUACUUGAAGCCUAACAUCUGCGGCUUAUCGUCCCCCGGAAUCGAUAGAUCGACUAUCCCAAAGGACAAAAUCAGCAGUUGCAUAUCGAAAACGCUUGUUUAUGCUUGCACCAACUGGGUUGCACAUCUCCAGACGAGCGAUACUGCAGAAUCUCUUCUAGAGUCGAAGGCUGAAUACCAGCAGUUGUAUCUCGAGAACGUGCUAGAACUGCUCUACCGCAAUAUGUCAAUCAUCGACUCGAACCCGCUUCAGAUUUACUCAUCCGUUCUCAUAUUCGCACCAUCGAGUAACUUCGUCGCCGAUGCUUUCAUGUGGGCGGUCCCAAAUUGGAUCACCCUUCGCCCAGAAAGAGUCCCAAAAGAUGAAAGCCAGCAGAUUUUUGAAGGUCACCAAGGUCCAGUAAACGCCGCAGUCUUCUCCCCCGAUGCCUCUCUGAUCGCUUCGACUUCCGAUGAUUGCAGUGUGAAGAUCUGGCGCGUUAUCGAUGGGAAGUGCUUGCAUACCUUGACUGGUCAUAGUGAUGCUGUCUUCUCCGCCGUAUUCUUUACAGAUGGAGGAACUGUCGUUUCCGCUUCUUUGGAUAAGACGAUCAAAUUCUGGUCUGCCAAGACCGGCAAAUGCACACGGACAUUGAGAGGCCACAAUAGCGCUGUACACGAAGUCGCUAUUUCGCCUAACUCGACACUUCUCACUUUCUGCUCGUGGAUUGAGCUAGAGCUAGAAGCUGGCUCCGGGAAGAUAUGGAUCUGGUCGGUCACUGAGCGAAAGUACUUGCACGAAUGGCAAGGGAGCUGGGGAGGAGUUAACUCGGUCGCCUUCUCUUCUGAUUCAACUUUGUUAACCUCUGGAACUGAGGAUGGUGUUGUUCGCGUAUGGAGAGUCGAGAAUGGCGAGUGUAUUCAUACUCUCAAAGGGCACGAAGAGCCAGUCCAAUCAGUUGUCUUCGCGCCUGACCUCUCAUACCUGGCAUCGAGCUCUACCGACGGAACAGUUCGUGUAUGGGAUUAUGAAAACGAGGAAUGCUUGCACGAAUUCGACUGCCAGGCCUGGGAUACCAAAAUCUCGAUCUCUUCCGACUCAAAGUUCAUUUCGUCUGCAUCUUCGAUGAAUCACAUCCAGGUAUGGAAUGUCAAGGAAGCGUCUUGUGAGUACGAGCUAGUUGGACAUGACAGCGACGUCAACUCAAUCACCUUCUCGCCCGACUCGAAACUGCUCGUGUCCACCUCCAACGACUUUACAAUUCGCAUCUGGUCUUUAAGCAGUCAAUCGGCAAAUCUUUCCGCUAAUUCCGUAUCCGACAACAAGCCUAGUAGAUUACAAGCCGUCGUACUAUCUCCAGAUCAGUCCAUACUAGCAUCAUCCGGUCUCGCAGGGUCAAUCAAACUGUGGAACUUCCAGAAAGGAGGCAUGACACGAGCGCUGAGGCUUGCAGGUUAUGACCUGCUUCACGCGGACGAAUUCGAGUUCUCACCCGAUGGAAACUUCCUACUAGUCCUUGGCUACUCAUCCGGCAGCGUUGCCUGGAUUUGGUCUGUUCACGAUGGGCGAUGCGUCCAUGACUUUACCGAACAAGAGUGGACUGCUAGUACUGCAGUUUUCUCGAGAGACUCAAAGACUAUCAUCAUAGGAUGUGGUGACUAUGUAGUCCGCCGGUGGAGUAUAAACAACGGUUGCAUGGAUGAAUUGUCAGGUCAUGAGUCAGCUUUAUGUGUGGUGGCAGUCUCCCCUGUCGGUGACUUGCUUGCAUCAGGGGACUAUGAUGGUAUUGUCCGGCUCUGGAACACUUCCACUUCCGACGGGAUAAGUCUACAUGAGUUAAAAGGACCUGGCGGACCAAUUUCCGAAGCAGUGUUCUCUCCUAACGGACAACUGUUGGCGGUCUCGCAUGAAGGCAACACUAUCCGUAUCUGGGAUACUGUUGUCGGAACCUGUCUCAAAUCACUAGCUUCUACUGACGAGAUAGGCUCUGUCGCAUUAUCUCGCGACAACCUUCUCGCUUCGACAGGUACGAAGAAUAACGACGUCCAUCUAUGGUCUAUCGAGGACGGCACGUGCUUGCAAUCGCGCAGCUUUCCUCGUGUUGGGAGUUGUGAGAUCGAGUUUGAUCUCAGUGGCUCACAAAUCAUCUUCGACGCCGGUCAAUUGUCGAUUCAAGCUCCGGAUGGCGAAGACUCUGUUCCCCAACUGGUCGACUCUGGGUUUGCAUUGAGCAAGGGUAGUAGAUGGGUGACCUGGCGCGGGGAAAAGGUCCUAUGGUUACCCAGCUCUGUUCAUCCAACCUGCUGGCUGAUCAGAGGAUCUACGGUCGCAAUUGGUUGCAAUUCAGGAAGGGUGGUAGUCUUGAAGUUUGAUGAUAUGCGACUACAGGACAGAUACCCGACAUCUUCAGGUGCGAGACUGAAAGCUUUUGUUUAA